AUGCCCGCUCAACUAAACGGGUCCAUGACCGCCAGCAUCCCCCUCCGAGUCACCGGCGACCAGACCACUGUCCUCUGCAAGCAACACAAGCACUCUCGAUCCUCCUACUCCGAGUCAUCCCCGCUCACCAACUCCCGAAAUAAUUCCCUGACGUUCCGUCCGCCCAAGAGGCUCAUGUCGAACCCGGACAAGACCAUCGCUGUCAUCAAUGCCAGCGGGCGGCAGGCAGCAUCCUUUAUCCGCGUCGCAACCGCCGUCGGCUACCAUGUUCGCGCCCAGUUGAGGAAUCUCGAGGGGGUCGUGGCCGCCGAAGUGUCGACCAACCCCAACGUUACCGUCUUGGUCGGCGAGUUGUACACGAGAAACAGUCCCUCAGACGUCAACCGGGACGUCACCAAGUACGGCCCGCUGGCUGGUGUAGGAGUCAACUAUGACUUGAUCCACAACCUCUUCCGCGGAACCCAGCUGGCCUUUAUCAACACCACGUUUUACGGCGACGAGAUCCAGAUCGGCAAAGCACUCGCCGAUGCCGCCAAGCGCGCGGGUGUCCAGCACUACGUUUACUCAUCCAUGCCCGACCACGCUGCCUACAACUCUGGCUGGCCUUCGCUGCCCCUCUGGGCCGCUAAGCACGAGGUCGAGCAGUAUGUGCGCCAGCUGAGGCUGCCUGCCUCGUUCGUGUACACGGGCAUCUAUAACAACAAUUUCACCUCACUCCAGUACCCCCUGUUCUGCAUGGAGCUCCAGAAGGACGGAUCUUUUAGGUGGCAGGCACCCUUCCACGAGGACGCCAAGCUGCCCUGGUUAGAUGCUGAACAUGAUGUGGGACCCGCUAUUUUGCAGAUCUUUAAGGACGGGCCAUCCAAGUGGAACGGGGAGCGUAUUGCGCUUGCAUACGAGUACCUGUCCCCCCGGGAAGCAUGUAAGCUCUUUUCACGAGGCGUCGGCCGUCCCGUACGAUAUGUUCGGGGCCCCAUCAAUAUCAACGUUAGGAUCCCCGUCGGCUACCGAGAACAGCUUGUCGGCCUGGAGAAGCUCUUCAGCCCCGACGAGAAGGAUGCCCGGAAGCAGCCACCCUACUUUGGUGACCCCAAGCUUGAGAUCAGCUGCCCUAGCGAAGCUCUGGAGCUGUGGGAGGGUCCCCGAGGACUAGAGGAAUAUGCAAGAGAAAUGUUUCCCUUGGAAGAGGAGGCCAACGGCUUGACUUGGAUGCUUGAGGAGGAAAGCGACGACGAAGACGUACAUGCCGCGGCGACUUCCGUCGAGCAACUAAGAAUCAACGAUGUUGAUGACGAUAGCGACGACGACGAUAAUGAUGACGGAUUAGUCAUGCGAGGCCGCAAGCGAGAUGAAGAAGAGUGGUUGGCGUAA